CUCAUCUGCCACCGCAGUCUGUUUGGACUUGUUCGCUCUCUUGUAUGCUCGGCGAGGCCGAGAGAGACCCGGGAGGGAGCUAGGCCGAGUCUGCCGCCCGAGCCCGCGUUACGCACAAAGCCGCCGACUCCCGCCCCGGGGCUAGCAGAGCGACCACCGCCCGGGAGCAGCGUGGCGAGACGCACGGUGCGCCUUAUGCCCCCGCGCCCCCACCGCCCCCGCCGCGGCAGCCGGAGCUCAGUGAGAGAACGCGCCACCGCGGGGCCCGAGUGCAGCUAGCGACCCUCGCCCUCUGCGCCCAGCCCGAGGUGAGCAGUGAGCGGCGAGCGGGACGGCAGCGAGGCGUUCGCGGGCCCCCUCCUGCUGCCCGGGCCCGGCCCGCUCAUGGCGGCCAUCCGCAAGAAGCUGGUGGUGGUGGGCGACGGCGCGUGUGGCAAGACGUGCCUGCUGAUCGUGUUCAGUAAGGACGAGUUCCCCGAGGUGUACGUGCCCACUGUCUUCGAGAACUAUGUGGAGGACUACGACCGUCUGCGGCCACUCUCUUAUCCGGACACCGACGUCAUCCUCAUGUGCUUCUCGGUGGACAGCCCGGACUCGCUGGAGAACAUCCCCGAGAAGUGGGUGCCCGAGGUGAAGCACUUCUGCCCCAACGUGCCCAUCAUCCUGGUGGCCAACAAAAAAGACCUGCGCAGCGACGAGCAUGUCCGCACAGAGCUGGCCCGCAUGAAGCAGGAACCAGUGCGCACGGAUGACGGCCGCGCCAUGGCCGUGCGCAUUCAAGCCUACGACUACCUCGAGUGCUCGGCCAAGACCAAGGAAGGCGUGCGCGAGGUGUUCGAGACGGCCACGCGCGCCGCGCUGCAGAAGCGCUACGGCUCCCAGAACGGCUGCAUCAACUGCUGCAAGGUGCUAUGAGGGCCGCGCCCGUCGCGCCUGCCCCUGCCGGCGCGGCUCCCCCUCCUGGACCAGUCCCCCACGAGCCCGGAGAAGGGGAGACUCGUGUCCCACAAGGACCCCACCGGACUGCCUGGCAUCUGUCUGCUGGCGCCUCUGGCUCGCGCCAGGAUUCGGCGUGGGCACCGGGCGCCCCCUUCCCAGUGUCUGUGCGUCCAGCUGUGUUGCACAGGCCUGGGCUCCCCGCUGAGUGCCAAGGGUCCCCUGAGCAUGCUUUUCUGAAGAGCCAGGCCUCAGAGUGUGUGGCUGUGUGUCUGUUCGACUCCCUUCGCCCCAUUUUCACCCCACCCCCGCCUCUGAUCCCCGGGGGCGAGAUUGGCGCGGGAGUGUGGCCGCGCCCCAUCAGAUGUUCGCCCUUCACCAGCGGGCGCCUGAUAUCCCUUGUCUGUAACAUAGACCCCGGGUACUGGGGGAGGGGAGGGCUGGGGAGGAUGGGGAAUGUUAUAUAAAUAUAGAUAUAAUUUUAUUUUCGGAGCUAAGAUGGUGUUAUUUAAUGGUGGUGACGGGUGAGCGCUCUGGCCCAGGCUGGGCCAGACUCCCGUCUAAGCAUGAACAGGACUUGGCCAUCUUUCCGACCCCUGGGGAAGACAUUUGCAACUGACUUGGGGAGGACACAGCUUCCAGCACAGCCUCUCCUUCGGGCCAGCCCCCCCUGCGAGCCUCCACCAGCCACCAGCGGGAGGAGGGAGGGUGCGCUGUGGGAUUGUUUUUGCCAUAAGCGAACUUUGUGCCUGUCCUACAAGUGAAAAUUGUUCAGUCCAAGAAAAUGAUGUUAUUUGAUUUAUUUAAAGGCUAAAAUUUGUUUUUUUUAAAUUCUUUGCACAAUUGUUUCAUUGUUUGACACUUAAUGCUCUCGUCAUUUGCAUAAGACAGUAGCAUUCUGACCACACUUGUACGCUGUAACCUCAUCUACUUCUGAUGUUUUUAAAAAAUGACUUUUAACAAGGAGAGGGAAAAGAAAUCCACUAAAUUUUGCUUUGUUUUCUUGAAGAAAGUGGCAACACGGUAUUGUGAUUUUAUUUGUGCAGGUCAUGCACACAGUUUUGAUAAAGGGCAGUAACAAGUAUUGGGGCCUAUAUAUUUUUUUUUUCACAAGGCAUUCUCUAAAGCUAUGUGAAAUUUUCUCUGCAUCUCUGUACAGAGAAUACACCUGCCCCUGUAUAUCCUUUCUUCCCCUCCCCUCCUUCCCAGUGGUACUUCUACUAAAUUGUUGUCUUGUUUUUUAUUUUUUAAAUAAACUGACAAAUGACAAAAUGGUGAGCUUAUGAUGUUUACAUAAAAGUUCUAUAAGCUGUGUAUACAGUUUUUUAUGUAAAAUAUUAAAAGACUAUGAUGAUGACAUUUAUAAAA